AUGUCUUUCCGCGGUCCCUUUGCAAUUCCUCGGCGAGUAUGGACCAGUGCAAGCACAUCAGUCCUGCGCCCGAUGCCUCGGAGUUGUCUUGGUUUCGCCAGUCACCAAAGAUGCGGCAUGGCAACUGUUGUGCCCCCGGUCACCCAAGACACGACAGGCUCGAAAGGGCCUACCGCAAUGGUGUUCCUGAACAUGGGUGGUCCAUCGACGACCAACGAGGUUGAAGACUUCCUCGGCAGGUUAUUCGCCGACGGUGAUCUCAUCCCACUGGGACGAUUCCAAUCUUACCUGGGCCCUCUUAUCGCACGUCGACGAACUCCAAAGAUUCAGAAGCAAUACGCAGAGAUCGGUGGAGGCUCGCCAAUCCGGAAAUGGUCCGAGUACCAGUGUGAGGAGAUGUGCAAGCUGCUCGACAAAAUGUCGCCGGAGACUGCGCCGCAUAAACCUUACGUUGCGUUCCGCUACGCAGCUCCGCUUACCGAAACUAUGUAUAAUCAGCUAUUGGCCGAUGGUUUCGGCAACGGGAAGGGGGGUCGAGCAGUUGCGUUCACGCAGUAUCCGCAAUACUCGUGCUCUACAACCGGUAGCUCCCUGAAUGAGCUGUGGAAGUGGCGCACUCGUCUUGAAGGCAAGCGCGCCAACGGUGAACCUGAGCCCGCCGGAGCCAUCGAGUGGAGUGUUAUUGACCGGUGGCCUACGCACUCGGGCUUAGUUGAGGCAUUUGCGCAAAAUAUUGAGGCUCAACUUAAGACGUAUCCCGAGGAGAAGCGGGAUAAGGUCGUGUUGCUGUUCUCUGCUCACAGUCUGCCUAUGGAUGUUGUCAAUCGCGGUGAUCCAUACCCCGCCGAGGUCGCUGCUACAGUUCACGCAGUCAUGCAACGCUUAAACUUCAGCAACCCUUGGCGUCUGUGCUGGCAGUCUCAGGUCGGACCCAAGGCUUGGCUUGGCGCUCAGACCCAGGACACCGUCAUGGAGUAUGUCAAGCGCGGCCAGUCAGAUCUCAUUCUCGUGCCCAUUGCCUUCACCAGCGACCACAUCGAGACGCUUUAUGAGUUGGACCUGGAGGUCAUGCACGAGGCCAACAGCCCUGGGGUCAAGCGAGCGGAAAGCUUAAAUGGCAAUCCAGUCUUUAUUCAAGCCUUGGCAGAUAUCGCCCAUGCGCAUUUGAAGACAGGCGAGCCCUGUUCUGCUCAAAUGACCUUACGCUGCCAGGGCUGUAAGAGCGAGCGGUGCUUGGAGUCGAAGAAGUUCUUCGCCGGCAAGCAGCACGGCUCCUUGGUCAUGUGA